AUGGGUAACCAGAACUCUAAUCAUUUGCCUUUGGAGAGGAAUUUAUCCAAAUUCGGAGAAGUCAAUGGGAGGCGCAGUCUUCGAUCACCGCGCAAGAUGGACAGGCUUCGACGUUCGUUCAGGGACUCCUUCCGCAGGCGAAAGGACCGUAUUCCGGAAAGUUCGAAGCCCCAUCAAUGGCAAGCAGACGAAAACGCCGUGCGUUCGGGCACGUGCACGUUUGCCGUGAAAUACAUGGGAUGCGUGGAGGUGUUCGAUUCCAGGGGGAUGCAGGUGUGCGAAGAGGCGCUUAAAGUACUUAGGGGUUCCAGACGGAGACCGGUAAGGGCCGUCUUACACGUGAGCGGCGACGGUUUGCGGGUAGUCGAAGAAGAAACCAAAGGACUCAUAGUCGACCAAACCAUAGAGAAAGUAUCCUUUUGUGCGCCGGAUAGGAACCACGAAAGGGGCUUCAGUUAUAUCUGCAGAGACGGCACCACCAGGCGAUGGAUGUGCCACGGAUUUUUGGCUUUAAGGGAGAGCGGGGAAAGACUGUCACACGCUGUCGGGUGUGCGUUUGCUGUGUGUUUGGAAAGAAAGCAAAAACGGGACAAAGAAUGCGGAGUGACGAUGAUGUUCGACACGAAAAAUAACACGUUCACGAGAACCGGUUCGUUCAGGCAACAAAGUUUAACGGAACGGCUAGACAGAGAGAGGGGUAUAGACGUGGGACCAGUGAAUCCCAAACCAACUCCUGUUAAUCCGUUCGCAAUCGAAAGACCGCACGCCACGCCCAGUAUGUUACAGAGACAAGGAAGUUGUCGUGGAUUCAGCACAUUGGGCGAGAGUUCUCCGUUCAAACGACAGAUGUCGUUGCGCGUCAACGAUCUUCCCAGCAAUACGGCUCGUCUGAAUUCCUACCAAUCCCCGACGUCGCCUACGGCCAACGGAAAACCACCGGUAUCCCCCAUUCCGGAGGUGUCCCCGGGCGAUUCGGUCACCGCGCUAUGCCAACAACUGAGCCAGGGAUUGUCCCAAUUGACCCACAGCGGUUCGGACGAUUUCAACUUCAACAACCAGAGCUCCGUCAACCAAAAUACGCUCAACGUCAACGUCACGACGAUCAACAACAGUUACAGGACGUCCCCGAACGUUUUCACGCCCGUCAGUUUGAAUUUCAGCCCCAAGAAUGAGGUGAACACCUCGACGACUUCCACGGCUUCGACGCUGCCCAAGCCGGAGCAGUGGUUGGAGAUGGUGAAGUCUUCCUCGCCGACUUUGGGGAAAAUGGAUGGAUCGACGCCCAGGCGUACGCCGUCGCUGAGGGGGCAGUCUAGGGCCGUGUCUUUGGACACCGGAUCGGAAACCUUCCAGAACGGGAAACCGGAUCCGUUCGACGCCGAAUGGGCCGAAACGGCAGCUAGACAGGGUUCGAACAGUACGAAUCCGUUUUUGAACGCUAGUACGACCCCCAAAGCGUUCCAAAUUCAGCUAUAG